GAUGCACCAGAAACUUUAUUGAUAGUUAAUUAAAAAUCAGCUGUAACUAACCAAUACAACAAAUAUGUCAAAGCAGUAUGGACUUAUCCUACCUAAUCAGCAGAAAAAUGCGGUGUUGACGAAAGAAGUUGUAAAACCUUCCAUAUUCGAUGAAAGCAGUAGUUCCGAGUCACAAGAUGGCAGUGGAAGUCCACCGAAAUUGAGGAAAAACAAUCCUGCAAUAGGUCCUAGCGGUCCCAGCGCAAUGGAAAGGCGCAUUGCUCGUUCUGUACAGAAAAAAGCUUUAGCAGAAGAUCCCACAAUAUUCCAGUACGACGAAUUAUAUGAUGACAUGGCGAAUAAGCGAACAGAAGAACAACUUGCAAAAUCUCGUGAACCGAGGGAAGCCAAAUAUAUUACGAAAUUAAUAGAAAGUGCGGAAAAAAGAAAAUUAGAACAUGAAUUAAGAAUCGAAAGACAAGUACAGAAGGAGCGUGAAGCCGAAGGGGAAAAAUUUAAGGAUAAAGAAUCAUUUGUUACCACCACAUAUCGUAAAAAAUUGGAGGAAAUGCGCAAAUUAGAAGAACAGAGUAAACGCGAUGAUUACCUGGAAAAUGUCGGCGAUGUAACUAAGCAAAAAGACUUGGAUGGUUUCUAUCGCCAUUUGUAUGAGCAAAAACUUGGAACCGACAAACCAAUAAAAAAAUUAGAGUUAGAACCUCAGGAAGCGAUGUCAUACAAUACUAAUACCGAACAAAUUUCAUACAAACCCAUAAAAUCAGCUAAAGCUGCUCCCAACAGAGCUUAUAGGAAACGCAAAUGCUCAGAUGAAGAUGAAAAAGUCGGUGCAGACGAAAAUGGACGCAAAAAGGGAAAAGGGCAUUUAACAAAUAACAUCGAUGCCGAUUCAGAUUUUAGUAUCGAUGAUUCUAGUUCCGACGCCUGUUCAGAUGAAGACGAAAGCACUGAGAAGAAAGCUUUACCGCAACAAGUCAAAAAAAAUGAUAAGUUAAUGCGAACUCCUGCUAAUACAAUUGCUCUAAAUUUUGAGUCGUUAAAGCAGGUUGAUGACGGAAAUAGUACGGCAAAGGAAGCUAAUCAAAGUGAUGAAACCGCAAAAGCUGAAGUUAAAAUCCCUGUCAUUCUAAAACCCAAACGUAAUAAAAGUGAAAUUUGGGGUAAGCGUACUGUGGGUGCAGUUUUCGAAGACGCUGUUCGACGUUAUUAUGAACGUAAGGCUGCACGUGGUGCAGCUUAAUAUUUAAAUUAAAUAGAAUGUACUGCGUAAUUUGUUCGACUUGGAUAUAUUAAGUAUAUAAAUUUACGAGUCUUUUCAGAGAAGAUUUAAAAGCUCCACGAAUAGGUUACCAAAAAUUUGAUUGUUGUUGUGGAAUUCGCAACAAAGGUAUUAUAAGCGUUUACAGCAUUUUUAUUUAUUUUUUUAUUAUGUUUCGACCAUGAUCCCGUUGAUAUAUUGAUUAAGUUCUAUUAAAACAUCGGAACUUCUAUUAGCGAAUUAUUGCAUUUUGAAUGUGGCGGUACAUUUUACGUCUUAUACCAUCACCAAUUACUUGAUGUUAUUGUCAACAACAAUGAAGCCUUCCGCGGAAAAUUGACUCAAAUGAUUUUAGAACGACUGGCCCUUAUAAAAUAAGAGCCGAUAAAAUCGCAGGGGCUACCGUUAUCAAUAACAAUAGUAGCGUUGACGCUCUCUCGCAUUUUCAAUAUCUGAAAGAUGAAAAAUUCUGUUGAUGGUUUCUUAUCAUGCAUGUAAAUGGUUAUGUACAAAAAAAAAAGUAUAAUGUGCCUUCGCCGCGUCGCUCGCUGCAUAUUGAAGAAUUCUAAAUUUUAUAUUCUUCACUGUAAACUCUUUCACUUUGUCCGGCCUUCUAAAAAUAAAUAAGGGUACCCUCUACAAGUAUGUCCAUUUCAAUAAAUAUUUCAAUCGUUAUUUCGGUAGUUGUGUCCUUCCCGUAAACCGACUCUUUUACCAAU